GCCCUAGCUCCAAGGGUUUUUAGGGUUUUUAGACUUGGAGGAAGGGGAAGAGAUGCGAGCGCCAUGAGCUUCUUGCUGCGGAGCUCCUUCCAGGCAUCGCAGGAGCAGCCUCCGGCAGAUGCCAAGCAGGAAUUUCGCGGCGGCGUCACGAAUCUCGGCCUCGAGCAGCAGAUCCAGGCUCCGGGUGAUCUCAAGGAGGCAAUGCAAGCGAGGCCGAGGACGCGGAUCCCAGUCCAGGGCCACGCGGAUGUAUCGAGCAACGAGGGAUCCGUGCUUGUUCCUGGAAAGGAGCUUCCGAAUGAAUGGAACGCGGCACCAGAUUUGACGCAUCUCAGCCAUUUGGAUCGUGGAUUCGUUUUUCCUGGUGAACAAAUCAAAAUCCUUGUCACGGUCUCCUCUCGCGACCUCACAGUUCCCGAGAUUAUCACUCCCUUCAAGGUUGCUGCGGUGAUCAACAAGAACGCUUUGCUCAAAGCCAAUCCCGUCGCUGGCGAGGUUCUCGAAUCGAAUGCCGGCGAAUCACUUCGCGAGGAAUGGCACAAGAAGAAGAGCGCGCAGCUCCUCGAAAGCUUCCAAAGGUCCCAUUUUUACGUGAGCAUUAUCAACGAGAACAAGGUGGACGAGUCCGACCAGCACGACGAAGCUGAGAGUGUGGUUCCAGUAGUGGUGGAAAGAGAUGGUUUCGACCCUGUUGCAGCUGGAGGAAUCGCGAGACGAGCCAUCACCUCUUGCGCUCUUGCGAACGGAGACAUUGUGGUUAUGCUGGAAGUGACAGUGGUGGUUCCACGCUUGAUCACGCACGAGGCGGUCCUCGAGGUCCUACAAUACGAGCAACACAGCUCUCCCAUGUCGGCUUCCAAGACGAUUCCCAAGGACUUGGAUCCAGCGCAGGAUCUUUUGCACUGGCUGCUGCCUCUGGAUAGGAACGCGUUCACGACGCAGCAAUCGUCCGCUGUCCCGGCAGCAAACGCUGCCAGUGCUACGCAGAGGCUUUCAUUCGGAGCUGCCAACUCAACGCUUUUCUCGUUCGGUCACUUGAGAUCGUCUUCGGCUGGUUCUUUGCCUCCAGUUGCUCCGGCCGCAGCUCCUGCGGCAGUUCCACCGUAUCCACCAUCGGCACUAAACACUGCUCCAGGGGAAUGGAACAAGCUGUAUCCGGAGAAAGAUCUCGGCUCCGAAGAAGUUGGAAGCGAAGGAUUGCUCUCUUUCCGGGGUGUACCGCUGGAACCUCAGCGCUUUUCCGCUCACUGUGGAUUGGAAGGCCUUUACGUACCUGGAAAACGAUGGUGCAAGAAGAUAUCCGUCGUACAACCUUUGCGGAUCGAUUCAUACUCCGCAGAUUGCAACGCGGAAGAUCUCAUUUGCGUCCUUAUUGAGAACGUUCUUCCUUCUGACAUGUCCGAUGUCUGUAUUUAUAUUGAUUCAAUUAGCAUCAUAUGCCAAGCGACUAGCCCCGGUGCAGUUUCACAGCCAAUUCCUGUUUCAUGCGUGGAAACUGGCGAAGAUGACAAACUCCCAAAUCUAUGUCUCAGAACCGGAGAACAACAUUCAUUUAUUUUGAGACCCACGAGUUCGCUACUGAAGGUAGAAAGUUCUGGCAAACACAGUUAUUCUACUCCUCGACAAGCAAAAGAAGCAUCUGAUGGCGGGAGUUAUGCAGUUCUAGUGGCCUGUCAUUGUAGUCACACUCACUCGAGAUUUUAUUUGAAACACUCGCUGAAAUGGAAACCACGACCCGCGAGGGACCUUCUUGUUUCAGUCUCGCUGGAGAGCAGCACGCCAACUGGAGUUCCAAGUGAAGCUCUCCCCCAGCUCAAGUCACAGGUCGUGACAGUCCAAGCCACAAACCUUACAUCUAGAGAACUUGACUUGACACUUUUAGCUCCAAGCACGUUGGCAUGCGCACCAGUAUCAGUGAUUCCAGUAACAACAAACGCAGCCAAGAAAUCACCCGUAGGGAACUCGCACAGCUUCCGUGAAGAACAAGAGAAAGCUCGGAAGAAUUUUAGAUCCAUGUCAAUGCCUCCUGGACGAGAAAAACCGAAGGUCAAAGAAGCAGACCAAGCGAAAGAAGCCGAAGAGUCGUCAAAGAGAACGAGAGAGAGAAGAGUUUCCGCUGCUGAGAAAGUAGCGGAGAACAGCCCUGCAAGGACUCAUUUGUGGCUGCAAAGUACUGUUCCACUCGGGCGACUUCCUGCGCAUUCAACCACGGUUGUGAAGUGCGAUUUGCUCCCGCUCGCCGAUGGGAUCAUCACUCUGGACACUCUUCAUUUGGCCUCAAAGGAUCGCGAGACAUUGUUUGUUCCUAUCAAUCCUCUCCAGAUACAUUCAUCGUCGGGAAUUUCCAAGUAACUUAAAAUUCUAUUAGUUCAUGUUUAAACUAAUAAACGAACCCGGCUGUGCCCAACGGUUGCGAUUGUGCCAUGUUGUAUCCAACGGUUGGGAUUAAUUAUA